AUGCAUCGAAACACUCGAAGUUCUAUGCUGCCGAAUAAGUUCAUUUUACGAAAUUCUGUUCAUCUAUACAGCUACAUAACUCAUCGGAUUGCCCUGCUCUACCUUGUAUUCAUUUUCCUGGCGAUUGCUACUCUUUUUAUUUUUCCACUGCCCGUUGCACGAAGAGUCAAAAAUGCUUAUAAUUUUGAACCUACGUUGUCAAAUGUGGAAAAUACGGAUAUUUAUGUGCUCUCUGCUUAUUAUUAUGGAGAAUCGCUUGGAAAUCGAGCGUAUAUUUUGAUAUCUGCACAUCGAGACGCCUAUUGGAAUCGAAGGUUACUUCUUUUAUCCGGAACGAAUCGAACUUCGAGCAUAGUUCAAAAGAUUGAUUUUAAAAGGGUCACUCCUCAUAAUCUUUGCAAAUCUGUGAUUCUAUCAGGAUCCGCUGAAUUAAUUGAGAAUCUUGACAAACUAGAAAUUAUACACGGCCAAACUAUCGUCGAGUUGAACUUCAAAAAAGCACAAAAUUCUACAAGAACGCUUGUUGCUUGCAUAUCGCCGCUGAUCUACUCAGACAAUUGGAAGCAAUUCUUGAUUUCGGUACAUGCUCAUAAAUUUUAUGAGGCAUUUCUUCAAUUGUACAUCGGAAGUACUGUGGAUCCGUUUACCGGUUUAAUUGAAGCGUAUAAACGCCGAAAUCUGAUCGCAGUCGAUAAUUUGUGGGAUUUACAUGACUCGGAGUUCGGAGGUCAUACUGCAGCUAGCAUGGAUUGCCUACUGAAAUAUAAGGCUAGCGCCAUGUUCAUUACAUUUCUUGAUUUGGAGGAUGUCUGGCUACCACGGGGCACCGAUUUUAGCGAAAUCCUCGAUAUCUUCAGUGCAAAUCCUUUUACGGGUUUGUUGAAGUAUCCAGUUAAGGAAAUGGGAAUUGAUGUCGACGAUGAAGAAAUUAAUAUCGCCGCGAUAUUCGAUACGAUGCAGCCCUUAUCAUCGAAAUCGCAAAGCAGAAUCGUUACAAGACCAAUUGAAAUUAAAAGCGUUUGGAUGAGUACCAAUUACGAAAUGGAGAACGAUUAUUUCGAUGAAUAUCGCAUUAAUACAACCUCAGUUUAUCAUUUGAGAGAUUUCGAAAGCUAUGAGUCAAUUGGAAAAUCGGAAUCAGCCAAACACUCGCAGCUCAAUAAAAUUCAAGAGGAUUUGGAAAACACAAUUUCAAGCCUUGGAAUCAACAUUGAAGAUUUCCAAAACCUAAGUUUGGAAUUCACAAAAGCUUUGUAUGAGUGCUACAACUUCCGACAUUAUUCCGAAUACUUCGACCAUUACUUAAAAUGCCCAAAUGUGAAGGAGUGCUACCGACCUAAAGGAUUAUAAUCGAGAGCAAAACAAGCCGCUGCGAGGGGUGAACGUAUGGCGAACAAGCAAACCACAAACAAGGAAAUCAUCAAAGCGCAGAAUGGUUCGUAUGAGGUUGCGAAGCCUCUUGCCACUGGCACUUUCGGAUCCAUCUAUAAGGUGAAGCGUGAGAGCGACGGCAAGUACUUUGCGGUAAAAUGCGAAUCGCUGCGAAUGAAGAACUCGCUGUUGCGACAAGCCUCGAUUGUUCUCGCUUCGCUCCAAUAUCCGUCGCCGCAUUUUAUGACGAUUGAGGAGCGCGGAACGGUGCCAACUCGGUUCCUUUUUAUUAUUAUGCCACUCUAUGGCGAAAAUCUUGCCGAUUUAAUGAACAAUACAAAUAAGGACAAGAAGUUCAGCAUUGCAAGUAGUCUUCAUCUAGGCGAGCAGUGUUUGACAGCUAUUCGUGACCUUCACCGAAACGGAUUUAUUCAUCGUGAUAUUAAACCGACACAUUUCUGCAUUGGAAGAGAAUCCGAAAAUUUGCAUCAUCAAGUGUUUUUGAUCGAUUUUGGGUUAUGUAAAAGGCCAAGGUAUGCUCGAGGCGAAGGUUCCAAAGAUAAAGCGGAUGACGCAGAAGAAAAACUUCGCAAAGGCGCCAUUAUGUAUCGUGGAGUUGUGCGAUAUGCCAGUGUUGCUGCUCACCAGGGAAAGGAUCUUGGAUACCGUGAUGAUAUGGAAUCGUGGUGGUACAUGGUACUCGAAUUUUUAAUGGGAAUGCUACCAUGGUCCGUGCUUACGAAGCAGAGUGAAAAGGACGUCGUCAUUCUGAAAAGUAGUUUGAAUGAAAGCGCAGUAGCUAGUGUCUGGAAGGUCCCUCGAGAAGCUAUCAAUGAGCUGUUCGAGAUUCUUACCCUCAUUCGAUCGCCCAAAGAUAUCGCCGAGUAUGUUGCUUACGAUCAAGUCGCAGAGAAGCUGAAGAGCAUCUUUGAAAAAACGAAGACAAAUCCUGCCGAACCACCAGAUUGGGAUGGCCUUUCCGAUUACAACGGUCCCCCGUAUCAGUCCGUCAUAAUGGAAAGCAAUCAGUAUGUCAAACUAAAGGACGCGGAAUUCGGCAAAGUUGACGUGAAUGGAAUGAAAGACGCCGAAGGACGAGGAGAAGCUAAUGAAAAUGACGAUGAUGACGAGAAGAAGAAAAAAAAGAAGAAGAAGAGCAAAGGAAAAAAGAGUAAGGGAAAGAAGAAGUAUAAUAACGUGUCGAUAACAGAAGACGAAACAUCGGAAAGAAAUAAUAAAAAGAAGAAAUGA